AUGGAAACAGCCGAGGAGGCUAUAUCGGCGGCUAAGGAGCAAUCCUUGAUCCUUAAAGGGAAGAGGACUAAACGGCAGCGUCCGCAGUCCCCAAUCCCUUUCUCUAUCGUUCCUCCUAUGUCUUCGCAGGAACCAGACGUCGAAGAAGAGUCCACUAGUCUUGUUUCCAAGGAGAAGGGUCUCAAUGAUGAGAUCAACGACAACAAGAAUGAUAACAACGUUUUGAUCAAUGGCGUGACAUCUUCAUCUUCUGCCUCUUCAUCUUCUAACAACAAUGCGACAUUAAAGGCCGCGGCUGACGAGGAAGAUCAAGAUAUGGCUAAUUGUUUGAUCCUUCUCGCACAAGGCCACUCUCUUCCACACCACAACCGCAACCACCAACAACCACAACCGCACCCACAACAACAAACAAGACAACUUAUGAUAAGUUACCAAGACUCCGGUAACAACAACAAUGCGUAUAGAUCUAGCAGCAGGAGGUUUCUAGAGACAUCUUCAUCUAACGGGACCACGACGAACGGAGGUGGAGGCAGAGCCGGUUACUAUGUUUAUCAAUGCAAAACAUGUGACCGGACUUUUCCUUCUUUCCAAGCACUUGGUGGCCAUAGAGCCAGCCACAAGAAGCCUAAAGCAGCCGCGGGUCUUCACUCCGAUCAUGACCUCAAGAAGUCUAUCUACGAUAACGCCGUUUCUCUUCAUCUCAACAACGUCGUCACCACGACUCCUAACAACAACAAUAACCAUAGAUCGCUUGUGGUAUACGGUAAAGCGAGUAACAAUAAAGUCCAUGAAUGUGGGAUAUGUGGAGCGGAAUUCACAUCGGGACAAGCCUUGGGUGGUCACAUGAGACGUCAUAGAGGCGCAGUGGUGGCUGCAGCAGCCGCUUCUACCGCAACAGUAGCGGUUGCGGCCACUGCGGUUAAUGCAAACACGGCCUUGUCAUUGUCACCUAUGUCGUUUGAUCAGAUGUCGGAUGGUCCGGUUCAUCAGGUUCAGGCUCCGGUUAAGAGAGCGAGGAGUGCGGUUGUGUCAUUAGAUUUAGAUCUGAAUCUACCUGCCCCGGAAGAUGAGAAUCGAGUCAACGGAUUAAGCUUUCCUUCAAAGCAAGAACACGAACAAGAACCUGAACAGAAUAAACAGAGAGAAGAACAAAAGUCUCUUGUUUUGUCUUCUGCUCCUACAUUGGUGGAUUGCCAUUACUGA